AUGAUACGAAGAGAGGACCCUAAUUAUGACAAGCUGUUGAAGGUGAGACCAUUUGUUGACAAAAUCAAACAAGGUUUUUCAAUUAUUGAACCUGAGGAAUAUCAUUCAGUUUAUGAAUUAAUCAUUUCUUUCAAAGGUCAUUCAUCCCUGAAACAGUACGUAAAAAGCAAACCACACAAGUGGGGUAUAAAAGUUUUUGCCCAUGCUGGUUCUAGUGGAAUUGAGUACGAUUUUGAAAUAUACCGAGGGCAAGGAACUGCACAUAAUGAUACUGGUCUUGAUAUAAGUGGUGAUAUUGUGAUAAGGUUUGUGGAAGGACUGCCAAAAUAUAAAAAGUUUAAAGUGUUUACAGACAAUUGGUUCACCUCUUACAAUCUUAUUUCUGCCCUGAAAAACUAUGGCAUUUUGGCUGUUGGAACUGUUAGACCCACAAGACUUCAAGGCUGCAAUCUAAAAGCAGACAGUGAGCUGAAAAAGCAGGGACAAGGAUCAUGCGAUUAUCGAACUGAAACAGAAAGGAACAUCAUGGCGCUAAAGUGGUAUGAUAACAAGUCUGUCGUUCUUGCAUCAUCAUACAAAGGAGUAAGUCCAGUAGAACCAGUGAAACGUUGGUCAGUGGGAGAACGAAAAUAUAUUGAUGUUCCAAGGCCAGACAUUGUUAGAGAAUAUAACCGUUCGAUAGGAGUUGAUCUGCACGACAUGCUGGUUGCUUUGUAUAGGAGUAAUAUAGGUGUGAAGAUUUUAUCUAAGGAUCGUAUUCCACCUCCUUGA